GGAAUACACGCAUAAGUUUAUACUAAUACUAUACCCAUCCAUUCAUACCCCCAUCCGCCAAUCCAUUCCAUAUGGCCAUGGCAUAUAUCCAUCCAUACCCAUAUCUUUUCAAAGUAUGGAAAAUUACCCAACCUCUCCUUACAAUCACCAAUUCUUUCUCUACACCGUAUCGUAUCCUCUUCUCUUCCCGUAAAGCCAUCACCAAACACAAUCACAAUCACAAUCACAACCACAAUCACCGAGCCGCUCUAGAAAAUCAUGCGUACAAUGGAUUAAGAGAUCGCGGUGAUGUUACCAGGAGUACGACGCUCCACCAAGGACUCAGGACUCAGGCUCAGGCUCAGCACGCAGCACUCAAAAAUUCAACAACCAACAACCCUGAAAAUCCAAGAAUUCUUUACCCAAAGAGAGACAACGCAGCCACUUUAUCUAGCUUCGCAUCCAGGCCACCACUGCACGAAGAAAACGCCUCAACGCCGCCAAUAAUGGCCGAUUUAUCAGAUCUAAUAGGCCACAUUCCAGUCUCUGAGGAACAGCGUAGUACACUCAAAUGUUGUUGCGGGCGGAAAGAUUGCGCAUAUCUCGUUCACAAUGGGGAGGUUUUGAAUAAACUGGAGGGGGAUGUGACGUUAGCAGCUCAGAUGGGUCAGGUACGGUCUCUCCCAUGUCUCUCAUAUUUGUGUUUAUGUUACCGUUGAUCUUCUACAUUCCUCCAAUAUCUCUUCUUUUUCUCUCCUUUGCUCUACAUCGUCAAACCUCAAGGGAAAUUAAUGCAGCAAAGUUUUCACUUGGGGAAGUGGAUACUGUGAUCUGGUUCUUGGGUUAUUUACUUUUUACAUCGAUUUAAAUUAAAUCUAAUCUUCUUUUGUUUACAACCCCGCGUCAUCCCACGCGCCUAUAUAAUUAGAUGCAUGUGAAGGAUCUCGGAAGAUAAACAUCACUCAGAUGGCUCAAUCAUUGACUUUUGCUUUGCAGGCUUUAUUAGAAAGGCACGAACAUUAUAUGAUCGAUGCGGAACGAGAACGGGCAAAGAUGUCGGCAAAGAUUGAGCAGUUGGAGGUGGAUAAGAGGGAGUUGGAGGUCAGAAAUGAAAAGGUAAUUGCGGAGAAUAAGAGUCUGCUAGAUCAAUUGGAAGGUCUCAAUGGUAGUUAUGAGGAAUCAGAACUACAAAUCAAACUACUCGAGACGACUUUAAAGAGCACGCAUGCCGAAAUGAAACGUCUAGAGACUUUAGCUUCGAGAACACAUCAACUAGAGAAAGACUUGGCGAUCUUAGAGGAGGAGCAAGCAACUUUACGAAAGACAAUUACACAUACGGCAGCAGAAGAGCGCGCCGCGAUACUGAGGUGGAAGAGAGCGGAGCGAGGACUUCGUGAUCUACAGGAUCAAUUGGAGAAAGUUGAGCGAGAGGCACGAGAGGAAAAGGAACGACAUGUGGAAAUUUUGGGUCGCAUGGAAAGACAACGUACAGUCGAAAGAGAAUUAGAUACGGCUGCUUCUCGUCUGAAGGGAGCCGCUGCCAUCACAACUGGGAAAGGAAAGCAUGGUACCAAUGUUGUAUCACAUUUUGUUAAGGAUAUCCUACAAGAUAAUGCGAACUUACAACUUGGAAUUGUGGAGUUAAGAGAGAUGUUGAUGAGUUCAAAUGAUGAGGUGCAAAUAUUGCGGGAGCAAUUAUCGAUGCAUCAGCCGAUGUAUGCGGAUGAUGUCGUCGACAACGCACAUCAGCAACGGACAUUAGGGGCAGAACUUGAGCCAAGCGAACAAGAAUCGGAAUCAAGACCACAAGAAUCACAAGUUGUUUCCCAAACACUUCAUAUACAUCAUCAUUACCAUACACCAAAGAGAGAGGAGGUGCGUAAGCCGAAAAAGAAACGUACUUCUUUGACUUCCAGUAUAUUCUCUCCACUUAUAAGAAGUCCACAAUCACCGCGAACCUCUAGAGGGGCAGAGAAUGCUAUCUUAUCCCAAACAGCGGUCACAGUUCCAAGUCCUAUCAACACGAACAAUCGAUGGUCUGUUCAAUCAAGCCAGUUGUCAGAAUUUGCUCCUUCAUCAGUACCAUCAUCUCCACAAUCCAUGUAUCGAAACAGUACUCUAUUUGAUCGGAGUUUUGAUGUCGAUUCAUCACGUCCGACAUCACCUACCUCAAGUAUUGACCCGUUAUCACCUCGAAUUCAUCCUUCAUUUCACAGAAAACGACCAUCUGAAGUCUCGACUCGAAGCUUUGCUGCUAUUGCUAAUUUCCAACCACAUAGUAUAAUACAUGAAGAGGAGGAUGAUGAUAUUCAUGAUGUAUCAGACUUACAGAUUACCGAUAUUCCUUCUCUCACCGAUGAUUCUACAAAUCCUACCACUUCUGAUCUUUCUGACAAUACCGUCGAGGAAUGGAUGCCUUCUCAAUUCGGUCCUAGGUUACAUCGUUCUUCAUCCCGUGAAUCUAUCAUAUCAAUCUCAGGAAUCGACAUUCAUACAUUAAGAGCACGACCUUCACAAUUAAAUAUGUCCUUGGCAGGAACAGCAAUGAGACCAAGAUCAAGACUUUCAACUCCAACAACAACUUAUUCCACGGAAACUAUUACUGGUGCAUCUAUUAUCACAGCUCAACCUACUUUAUCUCGAAUGGGCCAUAGUAGUACAAGCUACCUUCGCUCAAACAUCGGGUACACAAAUUCAUCCAAGUCUACAAGUAAUGAUAGAAGUUCCAUUAGAUCCAGUUCAUCUAAUGAAGGUAAUAGCAAUGAUGGUGGCCUAGGAAAGAAAGUUGGCGGUUGGGUUUUUGGUCGAUGGGGAAUGUCUUCUGCUAAGUCAACCAGUGAUCUUCGAAGUACUCAAGAAGCUCAAAUUCCAGUUCCUCCACCAAUUGUUCGAGCUGUUAGUACACCAUCUGUCUCAGUAACCCCAGAACCAAUAAGGGCUAUUUUGGGAAGGGCGGCGGGGAUCAAUCAGAAAGGCCCCAUUCCAGGAUUUAGACAAACGGAAAAGGCACCUAGUAAGGUCAUUCCGGAUUUGGUUGAUCAUGAUGCAUUGUCGGAGGUACUUGAGGAAUGAAUCGUCAUACCUGGAUGAGGUGCGGAGAUCAAACUUUACCAUAAUAAUACGAUGUCGACUACGGAUAUCGAGAACUUCACAAUACAACACAAUACGAUUUAAGAUUUCAUUUAUUCGAUCUUUUCGCUACAGCUUGGAAAACUUUUACAGGUGGGUAUUACAGAUAUAAAAUAGAGGAGUCAUAUAUUUUUACAUAAUUUGCAGGGCGUUUAUGGAUUGAAUGGGAUACGGUGGAGUGGAAUAGCGACCGAUAAAUGGUUUUGUUGGUUGGACACGGAUACCCAAUUUGUACUUUGUGUAUAUAUCUUUUUUUUUUCUCUGUAUACAUGUAUGUAUUUAUCUUUUUAUCUAUAGUAUCUAUAGUAUCUAUAUAUGGAGUGAUAUUGGGAGAGAUGGGGAGA